GCGACAGACGGCAGGGGCGGCAGCCGGAGGAAGAGUCACUCACCGCGGAAGGAUCAGUCAGGCAACCGUCUGGAAGCGACAAAUCAGUAUACACUGGAAGAAAGAGAGAGAAGACAGAGACAGAGGUCAACCCCUUCCUGAUCAAUGAAAGAAGCCAUGCCAGUCCUCUCUGCAGGAGGAGGGUUGCACGAGACGCUUGCCUUGCUGACCUCACAGCUGCGUCCAGAUGCCAAUCACAAAGAGGACAUGGUCUUCCUCAAGGACGUCUUCAGUGAGAGGAGUCUCAGCUGCCUAAUGAAGAUUCAUGAGAAGUUGCGUCAGUAUGAGAAGCAGAGCCCCACCCCAGUUCUCCACAGUGCCUCCACGCUGGCAGAGGAUGUUGCAGAGGAGUUGCAAAGUGGACCAAUGAGUGUUGAGGAAAAAGAGCUGCUACAUUUGUUGACAUCUCCUCAUCUCAAGGCGGUUUUGUCAGUUCAUGACACAGUGGCACAGAAAAACUUUGACCCUGUGUUGCCUCCUCUGCCUGAUGACUUUGAUGAUGAACUAGACGAGGAGUCCGUCAAGAUCGUCCGCCUCGUCAAAAACAAAGAGCCACUGGGUGCCACUAUUCGGCGCGACGAGUCCACAGGGGCCGUGAUUGUGGCUCGUAUCAUGAAGGGAGGAGCUGCAGACCGAAGUGGCCUGGUGCAUGUCGGGGAUGAACUGAGAGAGGUCAACGGAAGCUCUGUGAUGCACAAGAGGCCAGAUGAGAUCAGUCAGCUACUGUCUCAAUCACAAGGUUCCAUCACACUGAAGAUUAUCCCAGCAAUAAAAGAAGAGGACAAGCUGCAAGAGAACAAGGUCUACGUGAGGGCACUGUUUGAUUACACUCCACUGGAGGACAAAGCCACACCGUGUCAGGAGGCAGGACUUCCCUUUAAACGUGGUGACGUCCUGCAGGUGGUCAGUCAGGAUGAUCAGACAUGGUGGCAGGCCAAGAGAAUUGGUGACUGCAACCUUCGUGCAGGACUUGUCCCGUCCAAGCAGUUUCAGGAAAGGCGUUUGGCCUACAGAAUAAAAAUGGGCACUCUUCAAAACUCCAAAUCUCCCAAAAAAGCUGUCUAUGACCAGGGGUGUGAUAAAGAAGACUGUGACUGUGAGGGCUAUUUCAAUGGACAGUACAUAGUCUCUUCGAAGUGUAAUGCAGUGGCUCCCUCCUGUGGCCAAGUGUUUUCCUGGGAUUUUUACUCAGCUGGUUUAAGGAGAAGUUUCCGUCUUAGUCGAAAGGACCGUCGCGGAUCUUCAGGAGAGGCCAAUGUUUCUGACCAGAAUGACACAGACUUCCUGACCUAUGAAGAAGUGACACGUUAUCAGCAGCGGUCCAAUGAAAGACCUCGAUUAGUAGUUCUCAUCGGUUCUCUGGGAGCACGAAUCAACGAAUUGAAGCAGAAAGUGAUAGCAGAAAAUCCCCAUCGUUAUGCUGUGGCCGUACCCCACACCACACGACCAAAAAAGAGCCAUGAGAAGGAGGGAGUGGAGUACCACUUUGUGACUAAGCAGGCCUUUGAUGCAGAUGCACAGAAUAACAAAUUUAUAGAAUAUGGAGAGUAUAAGGAGAAUCUGUAUGGGACCAGUAUAGAAGCCAUCCGCUCGGUUCAAGCCAAAAACAAAAUGUGUCUGGUAGAUGUACAGCCGGAGGCUCUGAAAGCCCUGCGAACAGCUGAAUUUAAGCCUUAUGUGAUUUUUGUGAAACCGAGAAUCCCAGAGAGCCGCAGACGCCGCAGUGCCGCCACAUCGCCAGGAGGAGGAGAACACGGCAGAAUCACAGAGGAGGACCUGCAGGAAAUGCGUCUCUCAGCGCAGCAGAUCGAUCAACAGUAUGGUCACCUCGUGGAUCGGGUCCUGAUCAAGGAGGACACUGCCAGUGCCUGCACAGAACUACGUAGCAUCCUGGAGAGGUUGGAAAGGGAGACUUUUUGGGUUCCUAUUAGCUGGGUCAGACCCUAAGAUCAACCACUUCAGCUUCAUUUCAGACUUUUGAUCAACACUUCCACUGAAAGCUUCUUUUCUUCCAUGAAGUGCAGCCGAAAUGCACUCAUUCUCCUGGGACAGGCUCCUCAGAGCUCUGCCGUCAAUGAAAGAAGCCACAAACAGGCUAAAUAAGAGAUUUAAAGUGACACAGAUCACUGAAGUUUGAGCAGAUUUUGUUUUCAGGCUGGGACAUGCAGGCACAUAAGCACUUGUUUUGGCAUGAGUGAUUUAAUUUAUUUUUUAAUGACAUUAGUUAUUUAUUAUUUGCCAUAACAGUUUGUUUACUUGAUACGCUGUAGCUUCCUUUUAGGUUAUUUAAGCAGUUUCAAUAGACUGUUCACUGAAGCAAUACUUUAUGUGUAACUGUCAGCUUAUGUUAUAAUUAAGGGAUUGACCUUUGUUAGUAAAUGGCUGUGGAUUGUGGGCAUCGUUUCUGGCUUGAUCGAAAGUGAAAUUUGCAGGUCGUACACUAAAAAUGGAGCCAUUCCCCACACAUACCCAUGCAGAGACUCAUUUAGCAGCCAUAACCAAACUGUACAUUUUAACUUCAUAAGCUUUUUGUUGUCACAUUUAAAUUGCAGAAAUCAGGUUCUUUUUGAAGAGCAAGGCUGAUCAUAGUUUCAUAGGAAAUUAUUAAACUCCUGCUGUGCCAACAACUGUCAAUGUAACAAGCUUUUUUUUCUUUUCUUAACAUUUUCUUUAUUCAAAGGGUUAUGAAAUACCACGCCAAAGCACUUAAGCUGUGUAAAUAUGUAACUAAGCAUCAUGGAGUUUCAGUUCCCUAGGUGUAGUUGUGCUGAGACAGUAAUACAUGGGGGUGUGCGAUA